AUGGGUGAUAUAGUUGCGACAACCGAAAGAGCCAGGGAUGGAGGAGGAUCGUCAACCAUAAAGUGUCCUAUGCUCAAUACAACAAAUUACACUGUAUGGGCAAUGAGGAUGAAGAUUCUCCUUCGAGUUCAUAAGGUCUGGGAGGCCGUGGAGACAGAAGCUGAGAAUAACGAGAAGAAUGAUAUGGCGUUAGCCCUUUUGUUCCAAUCAAUUCCAGAGAGUCUUAUACUGCAGGUCGAAGAGCUUGGGGCAGCAAAGCAAGUGUGGGAUGCUAUCAAAACUCGGCAUGUAGGAGCAGAGCGGGUCAAAGAAGCAAGACUUCAAACCUUAAUGACCGAGUUCGAUCGUUUGAAGAUGAAGGAAACAGAAAGCAUUGAUGAUUUCGGAGGAAAAUUGUCUGAAUUAGCAUCAAGAUCAGCUGCCGUAGGAGUAACCAUUGAAGAAAAAAAAUUGUUAAGAAGAGAGCAACCAAGCUACUACAACUCAGAGCAAGGAAAUCGAGACUACAACUCAUACAGAGGAAGAGAACGUGGAGGACGUUCAUAUUACAGAGGAAGAGGUCGUGGUCGAUUCAAUUACAAGAGAGACGCGUCGCGAAUCACUUGCUUCCGGUGUGACAAAAUAGGUCACUUUGUAGCUCAAUGUCCGGAACUAAAGCUUAAACUGCAAGAGGCCCAGGAGACAGACAAUGCUGAUACGCAAGAGUCCGAUGAGCUCAUGAUGCAUGAAGUUGUGUUCCUGAAUGAGAAGAACGUGUUGCCAGAUAAGUACGAGACUAAUAGUGGAGAAGAGAACGUAGGGUAUCUCGAUAAUGGGGCUUCAAACCACAUGACGGGAGAUAAAAGAUACUUCUCAACCAUUGAUAAAACAAUCUCCGGAAAGGUGCGGUUUGGAGAUGAUUCCCGAAUCGAUAUAAAAGGAAAGGGCACGAUCUCAUUCACUGACAUAAACGGAGACUCAAGGAAGAUGACUGAUGUUUACUGGAUACCAGACCUAAAGAAUAAUAUUAUCAGCCUAGGGCAGGCUACAGAGGCUGGGCAGUCUACAGAGGCUGGUUGUGAUAUAGGAAUGAGAGGAGAAGUACUAACGAUGCAUGAUCAGGAAGGGAAGUUGCUUGUCAGAGCUACAAGAUCCAAGAACAGAUUGUACAAAGUUCGUAUGGGAAUAGAGAGCACGCCCUGUCUUUACCUAACUGCAGAAGGAGAGGCAAAUCGAUGGCACGCACGUUUAGGACAUGCCAAUCACGAGACCAUUCGCAAUAUGAUGAGGAAAGAGCUAGCUAUUGGGAUGCCAAAGGAACAUAUCGAGUCAAAUAUAUGCGGGUCUUGUAUGCUUGGGAAGUAA